UAUACUAUUUUUCAUUACAUUUCAAUUUGUCGACCAAAAAUGGGAAAGAAAGUGGUCUUGACACUAUUCAUCUGGCUCCUCUCUUCUGCUGUUCCCUCCAAAGGAAAGGAUGAUGUUGGUGGAAGAAAUGUGAAGCUGCUGUUCGCGUUCGGAGAUUCGUAUGCAGACACGGGAAACCUGCCGUCGGUCUCAGUAUCGUGGAAGACUCCUUACGGCCUCACUUACCCCGGAGAACCUUCUGGAAGAUUCUCCGAUGGUCGGGUUCUCACAGAUUACAUUGCCUCGUUUUUUGGUGUAAGGGCGCCUUUGGUGUACCGUCGGAUCAAGAAUUCCGGCGCAAAAUCAGUGGUAGAAAAUGGGAUCAAUUUUGCUCAUGGAGGGUCUGGGGUGUUCCAGACAUUGUAUGAUCUACCAAACAUGACCACACAAAUUGAUUUUCUCCAACAACUUAUAGAGAAAAACGUGUUUGCCACACACGACUUGAGUUCCUCAAUCGCCCUCGUGUCCCUUGCCGGCAACGACUAUGGUGCUUAUCUAGCUAGAAACGGCGCCUUCCAGGGACUAGAAGGAUUCUCAAGAUCAGUGAUCAACCAACUGAUGUCAAAUGUGAAGAGGCUAAAUAGCUUUGGAAUCAAGAAAAUAUUUGUGACAGGAAUUGGACCCUUAGGUUGUUUGCCUCAAAGCACAGCCUCAAAUUCAUACCAAAAUUGCAAUGCAGCACUCAAUAAUUUCUCAAUGUCACACAACCAAUUGUUGGAGCAAAAUAUAUUUCAAUUGAACUCUGAGGCUGCUUCUCCUAUCUUCACAUAUUUGGACCUCUACACUAGCUUCCUUUCUGCCUUGGGAGAUGGGCCAAAUAGAUUGAAGCCAUGUUGCAGUGGUGAGUGUGGAGGAGUUGACAAGAACGGGAAAAAGAAGUAUGUGGUGUGCGGGGAUCUUAGCCGUUCGAUUUUUUGGGAUUCGAUCCAUCCGUCCGAUUCGGGUUGGGGUGCUGUUUUUUCUACUCUCAGGGAAUCUAUGCAAACUAAUCUUGGUUAGUUUAUAUUUUCUAUUGUGCUCAGACGACCUAUGUGGUCUAAAAUAUUCCCUUCGUCUUUAUUAUUUUAUUGAACUUUCUUUUUAUGAGUGCA